AUGGCGGACGAUAACGAGGAUGUUGUCGUAGGCGACUCGGUUGACGAGGUGAAGAAGAAGAAGAAGAAGAAGAAGAAGAAGAAGAAGAAGAAGAAGAAGAAGGGAAAGGAGGGUGACCAGCUGAAUAUCGCCGACGACUCGGACGAAGGCUCGGCCGAUGCUGCUGAGCCCGAGGCUGCUGCUGAGCCCGAGGCUGCUGCUGAGCCCGAGGCUGCUGCUGAGCCCGAGGCUGCUGCGGAGCCCGAGGCUGCUGCUGAGCCCGAGGCUGCCGCUGAGCCCGAGGCUGCUGCUGAGCCGGAGGCUGCCGCUGAGCCCGAGGCUGCUGCUGAGCCGGAGGCUGCUGCUGAGCCCGAGGCUGCUGCCGCCGCCGACGAUGCCGACGCCGCCGAUGACGAGAAUGGCGACAAGAAGGACAAGAAGAAGAAGAAGAAGGACAAGAAGAAGAAGAAGAAGAAGGGCAAGGAUGCUGACGAGGCCGACGCCGCCGAGGCUGAGGCUGUUGCCGAGCCCGAGGUUGCCGUUGAGCCGGAGGCCGCCGCCGAGCCCGAGGCUGCUGCGGAGGCCGAGGCUGCGGCCCCGGCGUCGCUUCCGCCGCCGCCGGCUCCGCUCCCGGUGCCAGCUGCCGGAGGCGACAACGCGUCGGCGGCUGACGCUCAGCUCGCCGACGACGAUGCAGCCAUUGUUGUCGACGACAAUGCCGGCGGCAAGAAGAAGGACAAGAAGAAGAAGGACAAGAAGAAGAAGAAGAAGAAGGGCAAGGAUGCUGAGGCUGCCGACGUUGCCGAGCCCGGCACCGAGGCUGCGGCUGAGGCCGAGGCCGCACCUGCUGAGGCCGAGGCGGCAGCCAAGCCGGAGGCUGACGGUGACGCCGAGAUCGAAGCUGCCGAGGUUGACGCCGGCAAGAAGAAGGACAAGAAGAAGAAGGACAAGAAGAAGAAGGACAAGAAGAAGAAGAAGGGCAAGGAGACCAAUGCCGAGACCGACGGCGACGUCUCCGAGUCUGGCGCUUCGUCGUCUGCGGCGGUGGCUGGGGCUGGUGUGGCGGUUGCGGGUAGCAACGGCGCAUCGGACAGCGCUGCGCCGGCGGCGGCCGAGCCGGAGGCUGAGGCUGAGGCUGAGGCUGAGGACGAGGCUGCGCCUGCCGAGCCUGCGCAGCCGUCUAAGGUUUCGCGCGAGCAGGCGAUGCAGAUCACCAAGAUGAACCUCUCGGGCAAGAAGAUGACGGAGCUCCCCACACGGGUUGGCUCGUUUGUCGGGCUUGAGAUGCUCAACCUCGAGUCGAACUCGCUCACCGAGCUGCCGGACACGCUGUCGAACCUGGUGCGGCUCAAGUGGUUCUCAGUCAAGGCCAACGCACUCACCGAGUUUCCGGCGUUUCUGUGUGCCCUCACCUCGCUUGAGGUCCUGAACAUGGAGGGCAACCAGAUUUCGUCAGUUCCGGCAGAGAUCUCGGCGCUGACAGCGCUGCGCGGGCUGGACCUCAAGUCGAACCUGUUUGAGCAGUUCCCGACCGAGAUUGUGGGUCUCCCGUCGCUCAAGCUCCUGGGGCUUGCGCGGAACCAGAUGGAGAGCUUGCCGGAGGCCGUUUCGCAGCUGACCGGGCUCAAGGUCCUCGACGUCUCGUUCAACAAGAUCAACAAGCUGCCGGCGUGUAUCAACGCCCUUGUGGAGCUUGACGGCCUCUUUGUCACCGCCAACCGCAUUUCGGUCCUUCCGGAGCUCGGUGCACUCGACGUGCUCAAGACGCUCGACAUCCGCGGCAACCGUAUCAACGCGCUUCCGCUCUCGCUGCUCCAGCUGACCGACACACUGCAGCAGCUACCGGUCGAGGGCAACCCGCUCGAGUACCCGCCGGCCAAGACGGCCAAGGGUGGCCUCAAGCCGAUCUUCAAGUUCCUCUCUGCCGAGCAGCAGGCGCGCGAGGGCCACGACAUCCUCAUCCAGGGCACGCUCCGCUCCAAGAAGAAGGGCGCGUUCAAGAAGUGGCCUGAGCGGUGGUGCGUUGUCGUCGACAACACCCUCGCUCAGUGGAACAAGGUCAAGAACUUUAUGGGCAACAAGCCUGCCGUCGAGGUCAUCGAGGGCGCCGACAUUGACGAGAUUGAGACCUCGCUGCUCAACCUCGACUCGGACAAUGCCUACGCCAUCACCCUCACCCUCAUCGACGAGGACGACAUUCCGAUCACGCUCUACACCAAGCAGAUCGGCCUGCGCGACGCCUUUGUCGACGCCCUCACCACCAUCAUGGAGGCGACCGCCGAGGAGCGUGCAGCCCGCAAGGAGGCCAUCGCCGAGAAGCUGGCAGCCGCUCAGGCUGCGGCCGAAGCUGCCGAGGCCGCUGCUGAGGCUGCUCUUGCCGAGGAGGAGCUUGCCGCCGCCGAGGCCGCCGAGCCCGAGGCUUCCGCCGCCGAGCCUGAGGCUGCGGCCGAGCCUGAGGCUGCUGCCGAGCCCGAGGCCGCUGCCGGCAAGAAGAAGGACAAGAAGAAGAAGGACAAGAAGAAGAAGAAGAAGAAGGGCAAGGAUGCUGGUGCUGACGAUGAUGGCGAGUCCACCGAUGCCUCGCUCGCUGCUUCUGCUUCCACCUCUUCGCUUCCUCCUCCGCCGCCGCCCAUGCCGGGCACGGCUGCCGCCGCCGAGCCUGAGGCUACCGCCGAGCCCGAGGCUGCGGCCGAGCCCGAGGCUGCGGCCGAGCCCGAGGCUGCUGCCGAGCCCGAGGCCGCCGCCGGCAAGAAGAAGGACAAGAAGAAGAAGGACAAGAAGAAGAAGAAGAAGAAGGGCAAGGAUGCUGAUGAGGCCGACGCCGCCGAGCCGGAGGCCGCCGCUGAGCCGGAGGCCGCCGCUGAGCCGGAGGCCGCCGCUGAGCCGGAGGCUGCCGCCGAGCCGGAGGCUGCCGCCGAGCCGGAGGCUGCUGCCGAGCCGGAGGCCGCCGCUGAGCCGGAGGCCGCUGCCGAGCCGGAGGCCGCCGCCGAGCCGGAGGCCGCCGCCGAGCCGGAGGCCGCUGCCGAGCCGGAGGCCGCUGCCGAGCCGGAGGCCGCUGCCGAGCCGGAGGCUGCUGCCGAGCCGGAGGCUGCAGCCGAGCCGGAGGCUGCUGCCGCCGAGGACGCCGAGGACGCCGAGGAUGCUGGUGAGAAGAAGUCCAAGGACAAGAAGAAGAAGAAGAAGAAGAAGAAGAAGAAGAAGAAGAAGGGCAAGGAGGGCGACGAUCUCAUCAUCGAGGACGACGACGAUGAUGAUGAUGAUGACGCCGAAGAGAUCUAA